GAAGUCACAUGACUUCGUACAUUCCAAAAUGGCCGGGAAAUUAUGAGCUUUGUUUUCAGUGACAACCGUGGGUUUCGGUCAACAUUGUUCGCAUAACUUGAAGCAGUUUGGCGUGUUUUAACUCAAAAUUCACCGUUGCAUACUUCAGUAUAUUGUUAAUUGAUAGUCUAGCUGAUUGACUUCCACCUUUUAAUUAUUUUAGAAUAUUGACGUCAGGAAGAUGUGAUUGUGAACCACGGAGGCAGAAGUGUUGAUUGAUGAGAGUCUUUUAACACUGAAAAGAUAACUUUUAUGUCUCUGAUGUCUGACUUACCGUGACCCUCUAUUAUGGCAAUCAGUGGCAUAGUUCCAGCGCGAUUUUUGACGCUCAUAGCGCACCUGGUGAUCACGAUUACCAUUUUCUGGUCCAGGGAUGAAAAUGUGAAGUCAUGUUUACCGAUACAAUACAGUCCAGAUGCAUACACUGCAAAAGACACAGAGUUGAUAGUGGCACUGUCUAUAACAAUGGCAUUCUUUGCCCUGGAGUUGGUGGGGUUCCUCUCUGGCUUCAGCAUGUUCAUGUACACACAGGGGAUGAUCUCAACUGCAGCCCAUGCAAGUGCGGCUGUAACUCUCGCGUACUUCCUGUUUGACGCCUGGCCAUGUGACAACUACUGGUAUGUGUUUGGUUUCUGCAGCGCCUUCCCCGCUGUGACAGAGCUCAUAGUGCUGAUAGGUGUGCUCUGGCUGGGCUGGGGCCCAUGAGGCGUAUUCACACCAGGCCUACGUUGGACCGAUUUGGAUUGAUUGACAUCACAGGACCAGGAUAGUUAACAUGGAAUUUAAAGAUUUUAAACUGGGCUGAUGUGGGGGGUCUCUGUGCAAUAAGUUCAGUCACAGUGGACCUUGACCUCUCAUACACUUGUCAGUGCAUUAAUAUAAUCUGUAUUGAAAUGCUGUUGGUGCUAAAAUGGAAUCUGCCACUGGGCAUGUCUUAGCAACUUAACUACUUAAGUCAAGCCCAGACCCAUAAUUUGGUUUUAUCUUGGGUCUGAGUAGACUAAAAUUGUAGUCUUAAAAGAUUUAGCUAACUUUCUGACUGAAGUCCUUUUGCUAAAUGGGCCAGAGUUCAAGUUAUAGUACUGGUGGUUCAAGACAUGGUAUGGAACUAUGAUGUAGUUUGAAUUUUGUCUUACCGGUAAUGGCAUGAAAAUAUUUUCUGUGUUAAUAUUGGUGGAUUUUUAGAAUGCAUUUCUGGGGCAGUGUUAAAACUCGCCAAUUUAGCCAAAUGCUAAAAGCGACUUGAACUGGCUAAACUAAAUAGGGUUAAUUUGACUCGUUUUAACUUUUAGUAAAAUUUAAUCCACCUGGAAAUAAAAGAAGCAAUUUGGUAAAGGGAAAAAAUUGCUGGUGCUACCCCAGCAUUUAGUCCAAAACCUCCCUUACAUGGCAAAGUGGAAACUGUAGUAGCCAGUACUCAUAGCUUAUUAAGAUGAGCCCAGGGUGGAUCAUCCAUGAAAACUCCAGUGACUCACAUGAGGGGCACAAAAAAGUCUUGCAGAUGUUAGAAAUUUAUGAAAUUCAUUUGUAUGUGUGAUUUUUCAGGAGCUUUGAAUUUGUUCCCAGUAUUUUGUAUUUUACAGACAUUACAUUUUUUUUAGCAGAUGUGUUUUCCACAUAAUUACUUUGAAAGAUUGUAAAUAAAUUUUCUGGUAGAUUGUAGAGUGGGUGCUUGCAGUACUAGUAUAGUUAUUCACUUUUCAUUUUCUUACUGAAUUGAAACAGAAAUUAAUUUAUCAUAAUAGAGAGUACAAUAUUCACUGAAAAGUGAAUUGAUGUUUGGAUAAUUUGAUGGAGUUUGAAAUAAUAAAAUGGACAUUUAUGUUAAAACAAA